CGGUCCAAUACUGCGUGACGUGACGGGAAAAGGGGGAGCUCGCGGCCAGUGGCGGCGGUGGCGAUAGUGGCGACCUGGGGAUCGACCUGGAGGGGCCUGGGCAACGUGCAGAGACCUCUAGAUCCAGCGCGAGGGACCUCCCGCCGGGAUGCCAGGGGAGCAGAUGGACCCUACUGGAAGUCAAUUGGAUUCAGAUUUCUCCCAGCAAGACACUCCUUGCCUGAUAAUAGAAGAUUCUCAGCCUGAAAGCCAGGUUCUGGAAGAAGAUGCAGGUUCUCACUUCAGCGUGCUGUCUCGACACCUUCCCAAUCUGCAGAUGCACAAAGAGAACCCCGUGUUGGAUAUUGUGUCAAAUCCGGAACAAACUGCUGCAGGACAAGGAGACAGCAAUAGCUCGUUCAAUGAACAUCUGAAAGACAACAAAGCUUCAGACCCUGUGGAGUCUUCUCAUUUGGGUACUAGCAGUUCCAUCAGUCAGGUCAUUGACCGGUUACCUCAGCCAAACAGGACAAGCAGUGCUCCGGGAGUGACAGUAGAAGCUGCUUCUCUCCCAGAGGAGAAGGAGGAGGAGUUGGAAGAGGAGAAGGAAGAGGUGGGAGCAAAUGCUCCUGAUGCUGACACACACUCCCUUGCUGCUGAAGAUUCUACUUCAUCACAGCUGGGCUUUGGAGUUCUGGAACUGUCCCAGAGCCAGGAUGUUGAAGAACAUGCAGUGCCAUAUGAUGUCAACCAAGAGCAUCUGCAGUUGGUGACCACUAACUCGGGUUCUACCCAGCUGUCUGCUGUGGAUGCAAGUACUGUAAUUAAAUGUGAAGAACAGUCCACUGAAGAUAUCUCCAUGAUAGAACAACCCAGCAAAGACAUUCCUGUUACAGUACAGCCCAGUAAAGGUGUCCAUGUGGUAGAAGAACAGAAUCUACCACUUGUAAGGUCCGGAGACCUGCCUUCCAGCCCUCAAGUCUCUGUUGCUGCUGUGGAGACGAAGGGACAGGCACCGGCCCGAGAGCUGCUGGACGGGGAGCCGCAGGCUCAGACCUCAGCAGAGCCUGAGGUUUCCUCAACUCAGGAAGACUUGUUUGACCAGAGUAGUAAAACAGCUUCUGAUGGUUGUUCUACUCCUUCAAGGGAGGAAGGUGGGUGCUCUCCGGUUUCCACCCCUGCUACCACCCUGCAGCUCCUGCAGCUAUCUGGUCAGAAGCCCCUUGUUCAGGACAGUCUUUCCACGAAUUCCUCAGAUCUUGUUGCUCCUUCCCCUGAUGCCUUCCGAUCUACCCCUUUUAUCGUUCCUAGCAGUCCCACAGAACAAGGAGGGAAAAAAGAUGAGCCCAUGGAUAUGUCAGUGAUACCUGAAGGAGGGGAGCCUUUCCAGAGGCAUCAUGAUGACGACGCAGUGGAGAUAGAAAAACCCCUUCUCCCAUCCCAGCCAACUGUAUCACCGCAGGCAUCAACUCCAGUGUCUCGGAGCACGCCAGCUUUCACUCCUGGCUCACUUCCCAUCCCGUCCCAGCCCGAGUUCUCUCAUGACAUUUUCAUUCCAUCACCAAGUUUGGAAGAACCGUCAAAUGAUGUGAAGAAAGGUGGAGGUUUGCAUAGCUCGUCUCUCACCGUUGAGUGUUCUAAGACUUCAGAGAGUGAACCAAAGAAUUUCACUGAUGACCUUGGGCUCUCCAUGACAGGGGAUUCUUGCAAACUGAUGCUUUCUACAAGUGAGUAUAGUCAAUCCUCAAAGAUGGAGAGCAUGGGUUCUCCCAGGACUGAGGAAGAUGGAGAGAACACACAGACUGAUGAUACUGAACCCUCGUCUCCAGUUACCAAUUCUAAACUUCCUGCUGAAAGUGAAAAUGUUCUGGUGACUCCAGCACAGGACAACCAGGUAGAAAUGAGUCAGAAUGUAGAUAAAGCAAAAGAAGAUGAAACGGAGGACAGAGGUGAGGCUGGUGUUUUAGCUGCUGGCUGUAAAGGCAGAGAAGACUCGGUUGCUGAAGACGUUUGCAUCGACCUCACUUGUGAUUCUGGGAGUCAGGCAGUUCCUUCUCCAGCUACCCACUCGGAGGCACUUUCCAGUGUCUUAGAUCAGGAGGAAGCUAUGGAAAUUAAAGAACACCAUGCAGAGGAAGGGUUUUCGGGAUCUGAAGUAGAAGAAGUCCCUGAGACUCCCUGUGGAAGUCACAGAGAGGAGCCCAAAGAAGAACCGAUGGAAAGUAUCCCAUUGCAUCUUUCUCUGACUGAAACUCAGUCUGAGGCAUUGUGUCUUCAGAAGGAAGCCCCCAAAGAGGAAUGCCCAGAAGCUAUGGAAGUUGAAACCAGUGUGAUUAGUAUUGACUCCCCCCAGAAGCUGCCUGUACUGGACCAGGAAUUAGAACAUAAGGAUCCAGAAACCUGGGAAGAAGCUACUUCUGAGGACUCCAGUGUUGUUAUCGUGGAUGUGAAGGAGCCCUCUCCUAGAGGUGAUGUUUCCUGUGAACCUCUGGAGGCAGUGGAGAAAUGCUCAGAUUCCCAGUCCUGGGAGGGUGUGGCUCCAGAGGAAGAACCACGUGCUGAGAGUAGAUUAGAUACUCCAGAGGAAGAGAGUGUAGAGUGUGAUGGAGGUUCAAAAGCAGAGACCACAGAAAAGGACUCUGUGACAGAAGACUCUCCACAACCUCCUUUGCCUUCAGUGAGAGACGAGCCUGUCAGACCCGACCAGGAGACACAGCAGCCCCAAGUUCAAGAGAAAGAGAGCUCAGUGACCGUAGAUGCAAACGUGGCUGAUGACAAGCAACUGGGAUCAGAGGGUGCAUGCCAGCAGCUUGAGAAGGCCCCUGCCCAAGCCUCGCAAAGUUUCUGUGAAAGUUGUAGUGAAACCCCAUUUCAUUUCACUUUGCCUAAAGAAGGUGAUAUUAUCCCACCAUUGACUGGCGCAACCCCACCUCUUAUUGGGCACCUAAAAAUGGAUCCCCAGAGUCAUAGUACUCCUAUUGGGAUUAGCAACUAUCCAGAAAGCACCAUAGCAACCAGUGAUGUUAUGUCUGAAAGCAUGGUGGAGAUCAAUGACCCUCUACUUGGGAAUGAAAAAGGGGAUUCUGAGUCUGCCCCAGAAAUGGAUGGAAAACUGUCUCUGAAGAUGAAACUGGUUAGUCCUGAGACAGAGGCCAGUGAAGACUCUUUGCAGUUUAGCCUGGAAAAGCCUACAACUGCUGAGAGAAAAAAUGGAUCUACUGCCAUUGCUGAGCCUGUUGCCAGUCCCCAGAAGCCUGUGUCCGUGUUUGGCUGCAUCUAUGAAGCCCAGCAAGAGAAGGAGGCACAAAGUGAGGAUCCUCCCUCUGCACCCAGCAGGGCGAAUUUACUCCAUUUUCCAAGUGCGCAAGAAGAAGAAGACAAAGAAAAACCGGAUGUUACCCCAAAGCUCAGGCAGAGUGAACAGCCUGUGAAGCCGAUUGGGCCUGUGAAGAAUGCUGCUGCUUCUGAGGACUCUGUCUCCUCUGUUUCCCAGCAGAGGGCCUCCCAGGGGUCAUUCAGUCCUCAUGAGGAAGUCAUGGAAACAGACCUGCUAGAAGGACUGGGUGCUGACCAGGACAGACCUAAGAUCUUGAUGGAAAGGCCCACCCAGAGUAACAUAGGAAUCCAGACCGUGGACCAUUCCCUGUGUGCCCCAGAAACUGUCUCAGCAGCAACCCAGACUGUGAAGAGUGUAUGUGAGCAGGGGACCAGUACAGUGGAGCAGAACUCUGGGAAACAAGAUGCCACUGUGCAGACUGAGAGGGGGAGUGGAGAGAAGCCUGCCAGUGCUCCUGUGGACGACACAGAGUCCCUCCACAGCCAGGGGGAAGAAGAAUUUGAAAUGCCUCAACCUCCACAUGGCCACGUCUUGCAUCGCCACACGAGAACGAUCCGAGAAGUCCGUACACUUGUCACCCGUGUCAUCACAGAUGUUUAUUAUGUGGAUGGGACAGAAGUAGAAAGGAAAGUAACGGAGGAGACUGAAGAACCAAUCGUAGAGUGUCAGGAAUGUGAAACAGAAGUUUCGCCUUCACAGACUGGAGGUUCCUCUGGGGACCUGGGGGACAUCAGCUCCUUCUCCUCCAAAGCUUCCAGCUCACACCACACAUCCAGUGGAACAAGUCUCUCAGCCAUACACAGCAGUGGCAGCUCAGGGCGAGGAGCUGGGCCACUCAAAGGAAAAACCAGUGGGACAGAAGCUGCAGAUUUUGCCUUACCCAGUUCCCGAGGAGGCCCAGGAAAACUGAGUCCUAGAAAAGGGGUCAGUCAGACAGGGGCACCAGUGUGUGAGGAAGAUGGUGAUGCAGGCCUUGGCAUCAGACAAGGAGGAAAGGCUCCAGUUACACCUCGUGGGCGUGGGCGAAGGGGCCGCCCACCUUCUCGGACCACUGGAACCAGAGAAACAAUUGUGUCUGGUCCCUUGGGCACAGAAGACACCUCACCUAGCAUGUCACCAGAUGACAAGUCCUUCACCCGCAUUAUGCCCCGUGUGCCAGACUCCACCAAGCGGACGGAUGCCAGUUCUAGUACUUUGCGGCGGAGUGAUUCUCCAGAGAUUCCUUUUCAGGCUGCUACUGGUUCCUCUGAUGGCUUGGAUUCCUCCUCUUCAGGAAACAGCUUUGUGGGGCUCCGUGUUGUAGCCAAGUGGUCAUCCAAUGGCUACUUUUACUCUGGGAAAAUCACCCGAGAUGUUGGAGCUGGGAAGUAUAAGCUGCUCUUUGAUGAUGGGUAUGAAUGUGAUGUGUUGGGCAAAGACAUUCUCCUGUGUGACCCCAUCCCCCUGGACACUGAAGUGACAGCCCUCUCAGAAGAUGAAUAUUUCAGUGCAGGAGUGGUGAAAGGACAUAGGAAGGAGUCUGGGGAGCUGUAUUACAGCAUUGAAAAAGAAGGCCAAAGGAAGUGGUAUAAACGAAUGGCAGUCAUUCUGUCCUUGGAGCAAGGAAACAGACUGAGAGAGCAAUAUGGGCUUGGCCCAUAUGAAGCUGUCACACCACUCACAAAGGCAGCAGAUAUCAGCUUAGACAAUUUGGUGGAAGGAAAGCGGAAACGGCGCAGUAACAUGAGCUCCCCAGCCACCCCCACUGCCUCCAGCAGCAACAGUGCAACACCCACACGUAAAACCACAGAGAGUCCCCGUGCUUCCACGGGAGUUCCAUCAGGCAAAAGGAAACUUCAGACUUCUGAAGAGGAACGGUCCCCUGCUAAGCGAGGGCGAAAGUCUGCCACCAUGAAACCUGGGACAGUGGGGGCAGCAGAGUUUGUGAGCCCCUGUGAGACUGGAGACAACACAGGUGAGCCUUGUGUCCUGGAAGAGCCAAGAGGGCCAUUGCCCCUCAACAAGACCUUGUUUCUGGGCUAUGCCUUUCUCCUCACCAUGGCUACAACCAGUGACAAGCUGGCCAGCCGCUCUAAGCUGCUAGAUGGCCCUACAGGAAGCAGCGAAGAAGAGGAGGAAUUUUUAGAAAUCCCUCCUUUCAACAAGCAGUAUACAGAAUGCCAGCUUCGAGCAGGAGCUGGGUAUAUCCUUGAAGACUUCAAUGAAGCCCAGUGUAACACAGCCUACCAGUGUCUCCUAAUUGCCGACCAGCACUGUCGAACCCGGAAGUACUUCCUGUGCCUUGCCAGUGGCAUUCCUUGUGUGUCUCAUGUCUGGGUCCAUGACAGUUGCCAUGCCAACCAACUUCAAAACUAUCGUAAUUAUCUGCUACCUGCUGGGUAUAGCCUUGAGGAGCAACGGAUUCUGGAUUGGCAACCCCGUGAAAACCCUUUCCAGAACCUGAAGGUGCUCUUGGUGUCAGAUCAACAACAGAACUUCUUGGAGCUCUGGUCUGAGAUCCUUAUGACUGGAGGCGCAGCCUCUGUGAAGCAGCACCAUUCAAGUGCCCAUAACAAAGACAUUGCUUUAGGGGUAUUUGAUGUGGUGGUGACAGACCCCUCAUGCCCAGCCUCGGUGCUCAAGUGUGCUGAAGCCUUGCAACUGCCUGUGGUAUCACAAGAAUGGGUGAUCCAGUGCCUCAUUGUUGGGGAGAGAAUUGGAUUCAAGCAGCAUCCAAAAUAUAAACAUGAUUAUGUUUCUCACUAAAGAUACUUGGUCUUUCUGGUUUUAUCCCCUGCUAUUGUGGAGAUUGUGUUUUAAUCAGGUUUUAAGUGUUGUCUUGUGUGUAACUGUAUUCUUUGCAUGGACCUUGUACAUAGUUUUAUUUGCUGGACUUUUAUGAUAAAAUAAAUGUUGAAUCUCUUUGGUUGUAGUAACUGGGAUGUCUUCAUCUGUUUCUUUGAGCUUAAUCUCAGAACAUGGUAAACAUAGGACCUUCUCUUAAGUUUUCAGCAGGCUUGUCACUUUAGCAGUGCAGCAAACAAAGGGAGAUAAAAUACAGGAAUGAACAUUGUUCUGUGGCACCACUGUCAAUGUCAAAAGGCUCUCCCAGGCUACCUAAAAUGUCAUGCUUCCAAAAAUGCAGUUUCCAGUAGGCAAGGGCCUAGAUGAACAGGAAGUAGUGCUAAGUUGAGAGGGACUGGGGACAGCUCCCUGGGUAUCAAGAGUUUAUUGACAGAUGACCUGCUACUGGGAACACGGCCAGUUGUUAAUAAAUUGGACAGCGACUAUAAAUUUGCUGGGAUGGUUUUCUGUAAAAUAAGUUGUCACAACUGUUGGAAGUUAUUCCUUCCUCACACUCAUCACCAUAAUCCCUGUUAACAAAUAAAUAAAGGCUGUCUUAUUUUUAUGUAGAGCCAAGCAGUAAAUCCUUUUAGGCUGUGUGCUCACUCGUCCGUCUCAACUUCUUGUCUCGCUGUGAGAUGAAAGCAGCCAUAGUCAAUAGCUAUAUGAGUAUGUGUGGCCGUUUGAAUAGUACUUUAUUUACAAAAACAAGCAGCAGGCUGUUAUCUGCUAAGCCCUGCUUGUAGAGGCAACAAUGGAAGGGAUCGAUCCUCGAUAGUUGACGAGGACAGGAACUCGGCUUUCAUGGUGGGUGGUAGACAAUGUGGAGGAGAGGAUUCAAUGACUACAGACUGAGGCCCAGAGGCUGCAUUCUUGUCCAGCUUGGAGGGAAGGUAUGUCAAUGAACUGUUUGUCUAUGCUGAUGAGAACAUUAGUAUGUCCUCAGCCACUGGUGGCUAGGCUAUCUGACCAUAUAACCUUAACUCCUGUGCCAGGUCUAAGGUGGGAAAACUGGGUUGCAGUUUUCAGUUUCUAAAAUCUAAACAAUUUGACCUCUAUCACCUUUUAGCCAGAAUUGCCCUUUUACCAGUCUGAAAGAAUUAGAAUCCACUGGCUAAAUUCUUCAGAUAAAGGAUACUCAAAUCUUAAAUUUUGGGGAAGGAUAAAGAUAAUCUGUAUAGUUACAAAUUACAAGGUACAGAAAGCCCACAGCCUGUCUAAAGGGUUUUCUAAUUUGGUGGUAACAUAUAGAAGCUGACCUAUUCAGAAGCAUGAUUCCUUUCUUACAUAUGAGCCAAGCCUAAAAAUAUUUUAUCGAUCCCCAUUGUUUACUGUGGUUAUCUUCCAUAGGAAUAUUGUAAAUGCUCAAUAAACCACUGUUACACAAAUGAACCCACCCAAGAGAUGUCUUAGUGUAAAGGAUCAAAGCCUGCGUGUGGUCCGCAGAGAGAUAUCAAACCCCAGUUCCCUACAGGAACGGUAGGAAGGAUUUAUACCUCUGGACUUCUUCUAGAAGACCCUUUCAGCAGUCUGCAGGCAUCUGAUGAAUGACUAGAGAGUUUUGUUACAGACAUCAGAAUGUGUUAGGACUGUUCCUUCAUUUUCACAUCCCAAAACUAUAAAAAAAAAAAAAAGUUUCAUUAAACAUUAUGCCCAAUCUGAGAUAUAGCUAACAACAUGACAACAACACAGCUCUCUUAAGAAGCCGACUACCACUGGACAUCAGUAUUCGAUUUAAGGAAGUUUAGAAGAGGCACCAUAGCUGCACUGCUGCUAGUACAUGUCAGAGCGGGCUGUGGAAGCAAGACUGCCCUCAGAACAUAGCAGUACAUAACCUAACACGGAACUUACCCUCAGCUGUGUAGUGUUUUACUAUACUAAUGAAUUUCUCUAGAAAAUAAAUUCCAGUAACAGUAAAAUUGUGGAACAUAAUUACCCUACCUCCAUAUACCUCCCCACCCUUCCUGCAUCACUGAGCCUUGCUUAUAAAAUGAGGGCACUCUGGAGAUGAUGGCUAGAGUUGCAUUUUGGUCUUCUAUAGUUCAUUAACCCCCUCCUCCAAAUCUAGUAAGUGCCCCAUGGAUUGUUCGUUCCUACCUGCCCAGAGUUCCACCAGCCUGGGUAUAGUAUUUGUUAUAGUCUAGCCGGAGCAGUAACUGAGCCAAAUCUGAGUUGAUCUGGUGAUUCCGAACACUGGAAAGAAUCUUGAACAGGAGUGAAGACUGGCGACUAAAGCCCUGUGGAGAGAUCUGAACUGUCAGUGACCAGGAGGAGUGCUGGGUGCCCGGGGAUGGGGGGUGGGGUCUUUGGAAAAGCUUUGCUUAAAUGUUUGCAGGACCAACUACCUGGCCUUCCCAUAUUCCCAGUUCUAUCAGCUCCUAAAAUGACUUCUUAGUACCAUGUCUGUGAAAUGCAUGACUCCCAUGAAAGUACUUUCUCAUUAGUAGGAAUUUAACAACUCGUUUAAGAUUAAUAUAUUCCAUCACAUACUGGGAUUGCAGUGAGCUUGUUUUGUUACAAGGAGAUAAAUAUAGUCUGAGAUUAUAAUUACAAUGAGAUAGGAGGCUGGUUCAGGGAAGGAAGUGGGAUGUGAGAAAAUGAGCACAAAGCCAAUGCAUACUUGGUGGGCUGAAUAAACUAUUCAGGGCUGAACUAUUUUUGAACACUGUGAGGCAGCACAUUAUAAUCAUCUUUAAAACUCACCGAUACCAGCACUUUUUAUCUUGUCAUUUCUGUGUCUGUUCUGGAAAUGCUUUAUUGACCAGAGCAAAGACUGCUUGCUCCAUAGGUGGGGGUGGAGGUACGUAUUUUCAGUGGCUAGGCAGACUCACCUUCACGAGAAUGCUCAGCUGGGCAGCUCCGCGCUCAUCCAGUGGGCCCAGAUUCUGACUGACCAGUGAACAAAAACUGUGACAGAGAUCUAGGAUUUCAUUCAGGCAGUGAAACACCUACCCAAAAAUAUAGCUGGUGUUAAGAAAUGAAGAAAUUGCUGAGAAAUGCAAGGUUUGGGAAAAUAGUUUUUAACAGAUCCCAUGUCUGAUCUCAGCAAAGACACCACAACCUUCAAAGCUGUCUGGCCCUCCCAAGCAACAUACAGAAUAAACAUCCCUUCUUGGGACAGCUGGCUUCUCUGAGUCCCUGCACAAAACCUCUGCUCUAGUCACCAUUAAUUCAUCAUUUCUAAGACCCACUGAGUAUGCUCUUGCCUUUGAGCCCUGAGUGUUGUUCCCUGGGAUUUCUCUUCUCUUUAGUAACAGUUGAAGCCCCAUUCUGUGAAAUGCUCCUUCCCCACUGCAGCCUUUAGUGAUCUCUACCCUUCUGCUGUAGUAUCUGUGUUGUUCACUGGUGAUUGUCCGGGCCACCUGUGCUGUUGCUGACUUUUGUAUGUACAUGUCUUGUUUUCCAACUAGAUUGUGAGCUCCUUAAGGGCAGAGCCAUGACUUAUACCUCUUUGUAUCCCCAGUGCCUUGCAUACAGUAAGCACUCAAUAAAGACUUCAAUUAUGAU